AUGGAAAGCCCGACCGAGAACCCAACCAGGGCUGCGGAGUAUCUGAAGGAGCUUAAUAACAUUAUCGAGACCCAACAGGAGUUACUGGAGAUGCACAAGACUAGGAUAGAGGAGCUGGAGCUGCAGGUGUCCGACUUGUGUUCGGAAAACGCCUGCUUGAAAGACCAGUACCAGCGGCACCUGGCUACAUGUAGGCUGCUGCAACAGGGCAACAGCCACGCAACGUUAGGUGCUAUAAAGGAAAACAUCACCCAAGAAAAAUCUGAAUGUGACAUCUCCAGAAUGGUCAGGAGACAUGCCUCUCUGCCCAUCGACGUCACAGAGAACCCUGCCAGUCUGGUGUCAGCCGGCUGUAGGAGAGGUUUCCCCUGCCGCAAGUGGAAGUCUGCCUCUUUCGGAUGA